GUCUAUCCUAUCGCCAAUAACAGUGAAUGAUGAUAUUAGUAAAGGCCUGGUUCCAAAAUAAUGUUAGUGAUAAUUGUUUGCCAACUGUUACAGGUAAUAGGACAGACCCAAUAAGGAUCCAUGUGCUUCCCGCACUCGCGCAUUUGCUAAACAGGACCCUGAUCCGAAUCCAUGGCGCUGCUUUUUCUUCGAUGUGACACGCUUGCUGGAGGAAAGAAGCAGUUGUGCAGGUCCCUCUUCAUGACCUCAGGCUUCUUUUGCUCAUCACGCUGGUCCGGUGGCCGCAGCUUGGUGACCACCGAAAUCUCUGCAGCUGAGCUUAGGCAAUGCGCACCCCAGCCACUUUGCCAUAGCCAAUUGAUGGAGAUGAUAGCCACUGCCAGGGUGUCUCCUCGUGACUCAAACCAUCCACCAAGGCGAGAGAAGAGGUUUGCGAACCACGCAGGGGAGUGGAAGUGCAUUUCUUGCAGCAAGUGGCUACCGGCUGAAGACUUUUACACUAAGAAAAGCACGCAGAAGCCAUGCAGCAGAUGCAAGGACUGCAAAAAAAGAGCAAUGUUUGAAAUAUUGUCGGACUUUGCGCGGAUGCAUCUCUCGCAUGCUGGCCAAUGCCAAGAGCAAUGCCAAUGUGCGUGGGCAAGAGUUUUCCUUGACGCGUGAACAUGUUUGUGAUAUGUUGGCAUAUCAAGAGGCACGAUGUGCUUACUCAGGGGUUCCAAUGGAAGUGCUACUUCCAAACAGUCAUUGGCGAGUCUCUCUUGAACGGGUCGACAACAGCAUAGGAUAUACCCGCAAAAACUGCGUGCUGAUAGCUGCUGAAUUCAACAGCUCGGAUUAUAGUCGCCUCCCAGGCGUUGAUGCAGACGCAGUCAAAGGAACUGCACAAUGGUCAGCAGAAAAGGUUCAGCAAGUUCAUGCUUUGCGCCAGACCAAUCUGGAUUUGGCCUCGCUUCACAAAGAUAUUGAAGGAGCGCAGCUCCCACUCCCCAGGAUGACUAGGUCAAGAGGCAAUGCACCAAAGACGUCAAUGCCACCAGAGCCAGGCUUUGCAUACUGCACCAAAUGCUUCGAGCAGAAACCACAUGCUGAGUUCCAUAGGAACGCUUCGGUUUUGAGUGGACAUAGAUCAUCCUGCAAACAAUGCAAGAAAGUUUUGGAUCGUGCUUAUCGCUCAACCUUGCGCGGCCACCUGAAGGGGAUCCUGAACAACGCUCAGCGGCGUUCCAAGUUGCGAGGGCAAGAGUGCAGCAUCAGGUUCUCGAGCUUGGUACACAUGUUGGAACGCCAGCAAGGUAGAUGCUUUUAUUCUAGAGUUCCUUUGCAGUACAAAGAACUCCACACGGAUUGGCGCCUUUCGCUUGAGCGCUUGAACAACGAAGUGGGAUAUACGGAGGACAACUGUGUGCUGAUUGCAGUGGAGUUCAACACCCCAGACUACAGCCGCAGUGUUGCAGUCACUGAGGUCUUUGGCACGUCGCAAUGGUCGUGUGCCAAGAUUCAACACGUGUGGGGGCACUGUUGACGAGGAGCAUCCAGGGGAGCUUUCAGACGAUACCUACCAGUCCGGACACUUUGGGUGUGAACCAUCCAAACUCAUACUAUCUCAUACUCAUCUUUUUUGUUGCCAAGGUUGCAACCAACAGUAGUGCGUUUGAUUUGCAAGUCCAGAAUACCAAUGCUACGAUAUCCCGGAGCGUCAUUCUUGAUGAAAAGGAAGUGCUUAGCUCAACUUGCCUGAUGCAAGCUUCAGUUUGCCUACAUUUGCUCAGACCCAAACCAUUAAUUC